AUGCAUAUCAAAUCUAUCGUCAUAGAAGGAUUCAAAUCUUAUGCCCAGAGGACGGAAAUCAAUGGAUUUGAUCCUCUAUUCAAUGCCAUUACUGGACUGAAUGGCAGUGGGAAAUCAAAUAUCCUUGACUCUAUAUGUUUUUUGCUUGGUAUCUCCAAUUUGUCACAGGUUCGUGCAUCCAACCUGCAGGAUUUGGUUUACAAAAAUGGUCAGGCUGGAAUUACUAAGGCGACUGUUUCGAUUACUUUCGACAACUCUGAUAAGAAGCAAAGUCCUCUUGGAUUCGAAACCCACGAUGAGAUCACAGUUACCAGACAGGUAGUUAUAGGGGGCCGGAAUAAGUACCUGAUCAAUGGCGUGAACGCCAACAACACACGAGUGCAGGACCUUUUCUGCUCCGUGGGUCUCAACGUAAACAACCCCCACUUUCUUAUCAUGCAGGGGAGAAUUACCAAGGUCCUGAACAUGAAGCCACCUGAGAUCUUGGCCAUGAUUGAAGAAGCUGCCGGCACCAGGAUGUACGAGUGCAAAAAGAUCAGCGCCCAGAAGACGAUUGAGAAGAAGGAGGCCAAGCUGAAGGAGAUACAGACAAUUCUGGAGGAAGAGAUCACACCCACUCUGCAGAAGCUGAAGGAGGAGCGGUCCUCGUACCUGGAGUACCAGAAGCUGAUGAGGGAGAUCGAGCACCUGAGCCGCCUGUACACGGCCUACCUGUUCGUGUGCGCCGAGGAGACCAAGGUGAAGUCGGCGGAGGACCUGAAGGUGAUGCAGGACGGCAUCGGCAAGCUGCAGGAGAGCAUGGCGGAGAACGAGCGCAAGGUCCAGGAGCUCUCGCAGGAGAUCCAGCAGCUGGAGACGAAGAGAGACAAGGAUGUGGGCGGAGUUCUGAAGUCCCUGGAAGACGCACUGUCGGAGGUGCAGAGGGUGGACGCCAAGGCCCAGAGCGCUCUGGACCUGAAGAAGCAGAACCUGAAGGAGGAGACCAAGAAGCGCAAGGAGCUGGUCAAAAACAUGGAGGAGGAUAAGAAGGUGCUGGCAGCAAAAGAGAAGGAGGUGACCAAAGUGACGGAGAAGCUGCGCAGCGUGCAGGAGGAAGGGCAGAAGGACGCGGAGGCCCUGGUGGCGGCCCAGCAGCACUUCAACGCCGUGUCGGCCGGCCUGUCCUCCAAUGAGGACGGAGAGGAGGCCACGCUGGCCGGCCAGAUGAUGACCUGCAAGAACGACAUGAGCAAGGCCGAGACGGAGGCCAAGCAGGCCCAAAUGAAACUCAAGCACGCUCAGCAGGAGCUGAAGGCCAAGCAGGCCGAGGUGAAGAAGAUGGACAGCGGCUACAAAAAGGACCAGGAUGCCUUCGAGGCUGUGAAGAAAUGCAAGGAGAAGCUGGAGGCAGAGAUCGGCAAACUCAACUACGAAGAUGGAAAGGAGGAGAGGCUGAUCGAGAUGAGACAGAAGCUGUUGCGUGAGGUCGGCCGGCUGAGGGAGACCUACGAAUCCCUGAUGGCAAAGUUUCCCAAUCUGCGAUUUGAAUACACAGACCCAGAGAAGAACUGGGACAGGAACAGAGUCAAAGGCCUGGUUGCCAAUCUAAUCACCGUCCACGACGUUGGCAAUGCCACAGCGCUGGAGGUGGUGGCCGGGGGGCGGCUCUACAAUGUGGUGGUGGACACAGAGGUGACAGGAAAAAAGAUUUUGGAGAAGGGAGAGCUCAAGCGACGAUACACCAUCAUCCCUCUGAACAAAAUUUCAGCCAAAACCUUGAAUGACAAUGUUGUCAAGACUGCAAAAAAUCUGGUCGGGGAAGACAAUGUGCACACCGCCUUGUCCUUGGUGGGCUAUGAGUCGGAGCUCCAGAAAGCCAUGGAGUAUGUAUUUGGCACCACGCUGGUCUGCGACACGCUCGACAAUGCCAAGAAAGUGACCUUCGACAAGCGCGUCAUGACCAAAACGGUCACUCUGGGAGGGGACGUGUUUGAUCCCCAGGGGACUCUGAGCGGAGGUGCCCGUGCGCAGACCGCUUCAGUGCUGUCUAAACUGCAGGAGCUGAAGGAUGUGCAGGAUAACCUGACAGCCAGAGAGACAGAACUGCGCUCUGUCGAGAAGGACCUGAGCAGCCUUAAGGGGACAGCUGACAAGUACAGGCAGCUGAAACAGCAGCUGGACAUGAAAUCUGAGGAGGCGGAGCUUCUGCAGGCCAAGCUCCAGCAGAGCUCCUACCACAAACAGGAGGAGGAGCUGCAGACUCUCCGCAAAACCAUCGAGGAGAGCGAGGAGACCCUUAAGAAGACCAAGGAGGUGCAGAAGAAGGCGGAGGAGAAGUACAAGGUGCUGGAGAACAAGAUGAAGAACGCCGAGGCAGAGCGGGAGAAGGAGCUGAAGGCGGCGCAGCAGAAGCUCAACGCGGCCAAGAACAAAGCAGAUGCCUACAACAAGAAGCUCAAGGAGAGGCAACAGGAAGCUGACGCCCUGGCUCUGGAGCUGGAGGAGCUUAAGAAGGAGCAGGCGGGCUACCAGCAGCAGAUUGAUGCUGUGGAUGAGGCCAUGAAGGCCAUCCAAGACCAGAUCGACAGCAUGGCUGCAGAGGUGUCCAGCAACAAGGAAGCGGUGAAGAAGGCCCAGGAGGACCUGUCCAAGCAGAAGGAGGUGAUCAUGGCGCAGGACCGGGAGAUCAAGGGCAAGACGGCCGAGGCCAACAAGCUGCGCGAGCAGGACAACGAGGCGCAGCUCCGCAUCAAAGAGAUGGAGCACAACAUCAGCAAGCACAAGAAGGACAGCGCUGACGCUGCCGCCAGGGUGGCCAGGAUGCUCGCGGAGAACGACUGGAUCGCGCCCGAGAGGCACCUGUUCGGGCAGCCCAACACGGCCUACGACUUCAAAGCCAACAACCCCAAGGAGGCGGGCCAGAGGCUGAAGAAGCUGGAGGAGAACAAGGACAAGCUGGAGCGCAACGUCAACAUGAGGGCCAUGAACAUGCUGAGCCAGGCUGAGGAGAAGUACAAUGAAUUGAUGAAAAAGAAACGAAUUGUGGAGAACGACAAGUCCAAGAUCCUGAAGACCAUUGAGGAGCUGGACCAGAAGAAGAAUGAGGCUCUGAAUAUUGCCUGGCAGAAGGUGAACAAAGACUUUGGCUCCAUCUUCUCCACAUUGCUGCCAGGGGCGAACGCCCGUCUGGCGCCCCCUGAAGGCUGUGGAGUCCUUGACGGCCUCGAGUUCAAGGUGGCCCUGGGCAACACCUGGAAGGAGAACCUGACGGAGCUCAGCGGGGGUCAAAGGUCCCUGGUGGCCCUCUCCCUGAUCCUGGCCAUGCUGCUCUUCAAGCCGGCCCCCAUCUACAUCCUGGACGAGGUGGACGCUGCGCUGGACCUCUCCCACACGCAGAACAUCGGCCAGAUGCUGCGCACCCACUUCACCCACUCACAGUUUGUGGUGGUCUCUCUAAAGGAUGGCAUGUUCACAAACGCCAACGUCUUGUUCAAGACCAAGUUUGUGGACGGGGUGUCUACAGUGUCCAGAACCGCUCAGAGCCAAAAUGGCAACGUUCCAGGUCACAAAGGACUAGACAAGUCCAAACUGAAAGACAAGAGACACAAGCAGCUCAUGGCCAACUGA